AUGUUUUAUGACUAUGAAGCUCAGAGGGAAGGCAACCUGGUCAAGUUAUACAUUGUUGCACCUAUGUUGAAUCUGCAAGGGAAAGAAAUUUCAAUUUCAACACAUAGUGCAGAAAAUGAGGGCUUAACUUCAACUGAUGAUUAUGCACAAGUUGAAGCAGAUUUUGCACAGGUUGAAUCUGAUUAUGCUCCUACUGAUGAGUUGAUAAGUGCAUGUGGAUCAGAUGAUGAUGAGGGUAAUGGUCCUAAGCACCAAGAAUUUAUUCCUUCAAAGGAUUUGGGGGAAAAAGAAAUAGCAGUGGGCAUGAAAUUUGCGACAGCUGCAGAUUUCAGACUAGCACUUAGAGAAAUAGCAGUGAAGAAAAGGUUUGAUUUGAAGUUCAAAAGAAAUGAUGGGGAUAGGAUUUCUGAAGUAUGUAAGGGGGGUUGUGGUUGGAAGAUAUUUGCAAGCAAGCCAGACGAUGAGGAUUGCUUAAUAGUGAAGACAUAUGUUCCAGAGCAUAAUAACUGCCUUUGGUUUUAUACAAAUGGACAAGCCACAUCUACCUACUUAGCAAAUAAGUAUCUAGAGCAAGUGAGAAUUAAUCCAGGCAUGCCAACAAAUACACUUAAGCGUACUAUUGCAAGUGAGUUGGAUAUUGAUGUGUCAGACUACAAAGUAAGAAGAGCAAAGAGAAAAGCUUUAGAUGUUGUUGAGGGAAAUGAAGUAGAACAAUAUGAAAAGAUGAGGGAGUACGCUCAUUUGAUAUUUACAUCAAACCCAGGCAGUGUAGUUAAAAUUCAAACUGAGCCCACAGCUGAAGAAAAUGGACCAUAUGGGGGUCACCUUCUCAGUGCUGUAUCUAUUGAUGGAAAUGAACAAAUGUUCCCAGUUGCCUUUGUUGUGGUUGAGUCUGAGACAAGGGAUUCUUGGAGUUGGUUUAUGUCAGAGCUCAUGGAUGCUGUGGGGCCUUACCAAGAAAUCACAUUCAUAUCUGAUAGACAAAAAGGUCUGGUUGACACUUUUGAGAACAUAAUGGAUGGGUCAGACCAUAGAUAUUGUGUGAGGCAUCUAUAUGAGAACUUCAAACUUAGGUUCAAAGGGCAACAACUAAAAAAUGAGUUGUGGGAAGCAGCAAGGUCUUUCACAGAAGCUGAUUUUGAUGUACAUAUGAGGAAUAUCAAGGUGUUGAAUGCUGAAGCUUAUGGCUGGCUUCACAAUGUGCCACCUGAAUUCUGGUCAAAAUCAAGAUUCACAUAUCAAUCAAAAAGUGAUAUGGUGAUCAAUAAUAUGUGUGAGAGUUGGAAUGCUGUCAUCCUUCAAGCAAGGGAUAAACCAAUUAUAUACAUGUUGGAGUGGAUCAGAAGACAUUUAAUGUUGAGGUUCCAAAAGAAAAGAGAAUGGAUGGAAUCAAAGGAUGGUUUAUUGUGCCCAGAAAUUCAAAAGAAUUUGAACAAAGUGAAAAGGCAAGCAAGGAUGUGCAAGGUUCUUUAUGCUGGUUAUAACAAGUAUGAUGUUGAAUACUUUGGCAUUGGCGAGGCAGUUGAUCUUGAGAAGAAAACUUGCAGUUGCAAAAUAUGGAAUUUGACUGGUAUACCUUGUAGGCAUGUUGUAGCAUGCAUAUUUUUAAGGAAGGACCUGCCUGAGUCAUAUGUUGAUCCAUAUUAUUAUAGGGAAACAUACUUGAAGGCCUAUUAUAGUUUAAUACAUCCUUUCUCUAUGAGACAGUUGUUGAAAGCACAACCCUCCAACCCAUUGCUUCCACCAACCUUUAGUAAACCCACUAGAAGACCAAAGAAGGCUAGAAGCAAGAAAAAUGAUGAGCCCAGUACUUCAACUAAGCUUAGCAGGUCAAAGCAACAGCUGAAAUGUUCAAAGUGCCAGGUUAAAGGUCAUAACUCAAGGACUUGUAAACUUUCUGCACCUUUGGUCAUUGAGAAACCUCCACCAAAAAAGGGAGGUAGACCACCAAUUAUUGGCAGAGGAAAAGGACAACCAGUGAGAGGAAGGGGAAGGAGGGGUGAAAGAGGAAGAGUUGCUAGAACUGAAAUUCCUACUACAGUACCUUCAAAUCAGAGUCAGGAGGUUCAAAACAUAACAUUUUCUCAACUGGCAUCAACACAGGCUUCAUCUUCUAGGUCAAUGAUGGACAAUGACUAUGCUUGUUGGUAG